AGGGGCAAGGAGGAGGGUGGAAACUAGUUCCCUUGUUGGGGGUCUGGGUUCCACAAAAAUAUAUGGCUGACAGGCUGACAGUCACAGAUGGGAAAGUAAUCGUUGGAUAUGGAGGAAGAAAAAGGUCAAAAGAGACCCUUAGAAGAAGACGAAAGCUGUUUGCUUUCAUUAGCUGAUGAACUGAUUGAUAUGGUGUUGUCUUAUCCUUUUAUUGAUCACCAAGAUUUGUGUCGCUGUGCCCAAGUUUGUAGAAGGUUGAAUCGAAUUGCAAUGGGAAAUGAAGUGUGGAAAAAGAAAUCACUUUUGAGGUAAAGGACAUAUUUCGAGCUUAUCUGCCUUGAAAAUUUGGUAAUUUUCGGUUAAAUCUAGUUUUCGUGCGUGUUUUCAGCCUAUUCCUUUCUUACGACCCAAACAGAGAGAGAAUCUAAACGUAUGUUAAUAAUCUAAAGUGUGACUGAUCAUGGGUGUUUAUUUUCUUGUAAGCUUGCAAAAUGGAGUAUAUCCACUUCAUACCUUACCCCCACCAUCUCCUAUUGAUGAGGUGACGGGUAGCUGUAUCAACAGUACUCUAUCUCUUGAAUAUUUCCAUUGAAAUGUGUUUUUCCCAGUGGGAAAAGUAAAAGUAGAUGACAGACGUUGGAACAUUUUGUCAAUUUGGGUAGAAGUUUGAGGGUAGGUGUGUGUGUUACCUUUUGAGAAAAAACUAUACCUGAUUCCAAGCAAAGCGAGGCGUUAAGCGCCUUGCGAAAGCAAAUUUAUAGUUUUGUUGCACGCAAAGCACAUGGAACGCGCGAGGAUCAUUAGCACUGAGUGCAAUUUGGCUUUGGUCAUAAAUCUUCCUAUCGGUUUGGUAUCCGCAGUUCCUUAGCAAUGGUGUCUCAAUUGACGUCAGCAGUGUGACGUCAUCAUAAGCAGAGUGUGAUUUGGCUUUGUUCAUAAAUCUUUCUAUCAAUUUGGUAUCUGCAGUCGCCUAGCAACAAAAUCGCGAAGCGUCCCAAUUGGCAUCACUAGGGUUUCCAGGCAACAGUUCCACUGGUUAGAACUGGUUUGAUGACAAAACCGUGAUUAUUGUCAGUGAAAAAAUGUUUGCAAUCAGUGAAAUAUCACGCCCACCAAGCUAUAAACAAAAGAGAAGAGCAAUUUAUGCAAUAAUAACAAUAGAUCAAAGUCUGCAAAGUUCAGUUCAGCAAAAACAUCGCCCUUGAAUAAACACAGCAUUGAAAAUGCUAUAAAUUUAAGACAGUACUCCCCAUGAUGGCCUAUACGGGGAGGCUCUGCUUGACUUAAGGUAUAUGAAAGGGUAGGGAUUUCACUAGUUGAAGUAUAUAAAAGAGUAGGGAAAUCUGUCAUUUGGGUCUGUGAAAGAGCCCAAAAGGACUAAGAAAUGAAUUUUAUGGCUUUAUAAAGUGGAGAAAAGGUUCUAUUUUUGUGUUUGAUUCCUAUUUAAAAGACAGUGCAUUUACAGCAGUUUAAAGGGAUGCAAAGUUCUAAAAAGGGUAUGUGAAGGGGGUACCAUUUGUUAAUAGAAGGUAUACAAAAGGGGUACCUUUUUUGUUAAAAAUGGGUGAGGGGUUGGAUCUUGUGGUGGAGCCUCUCAGUAUCAACAUUUGUUGAGUACCGCUUCCCCUGGGGAUCCCUCACUAUGCUUAACUUUGAUUCAUAAAUUGAACACAUUGAUUCUCAAUUUUCUCUUCUUGGGGUGUAUAACAAAUCACUUUAUGACUGGUUCCUCUGGAACUAGUUAAAUUUUUUCCCCGGGACUAAUGUUAGAUAUUGAUUUACUUCUAAACUACUUCAGUGAUAUUCAUAGUAAUCAAAUUAUGUGUCUUGAAGACAAAGUGUAUCUUAUUAAGAAGCAAACUAAUGUAUUUCUAUUUAUCUCCACAUUGUGUAACUUUCAGAUGGAAUUUUUGGAAGAAUGUGCCAAGAGAAAAUUGGUCAACAACAUACAGGGACAGAUUUCUUAUGGAGCAAAAAAUUCACCAUACUUUGCUGACUAUAUCUAGAAAGUAUUAUACUAAAGUAGAUGUCUACAAGAAAGACCUUGAAAGAUUUGUGCUCUUAGCAAAGGAGAGUCCUUGGCAGUCUUGUCAUAUUGAUGAUUCCUUGCAUGAACUGUUACAAGGAGAUGUCUGGUAAGAAAUAAGUGUACAGUUGAACCUCCGCUAACAGCAACCUCUCUACCAAUGGCCACUUUUUUUGUCCUGGCAGACAAAAAAUCCAUACUUAAUGAUUCUUGUUUAAAACCUCUCUACAACGGCCACCUCUUAACAAUGGCCACUUUCUUCUGUCCCCAAGGUGGCCAUUAAAGAGAGGUUCAACUGUAUAACUGAAACUUCUCAGUCUUGUCUUUGGGUUUCCAACAUUAAAUCAAUAAUGGCCCAACAAUGAUCAGUAUCAAAUCAGUUUUGCAUUCAAACGGCCACAGUUAAGUUAUUAGAGACUGGUCUUAAGAAGGAAGUUAGUACGUGAUUACCCAAAGGGAAUGCAUUUAAUAUUUAAAUAUUGUCCCACUAACCCAGUGACAAAUGUAUGGUGUAAAGAGAGGAGGAUUUACUAAUAAUUAUUUGUUUCAAUAAAGCGGACUAACAAAGUGAUUGUAAACAAGCAUGAUUGAGUUUCUUUACAGAGACAGACUUGGGUAUUUUUCUAAGGGGUUCCAAACUUGUGUGCUGUUGAAACCAUAUUCUAACCAUCCAAUACCUGCCAACUUUUUCUGACUCAAAUGCAUGAUAUUUUUGUCUUGUAAUGAUGUAGUUUCCAAAAAUUGCCUAGUGACUUUUCCUAAGAUUUUCUGAUGACUUCCAAACAUUGCUGAAAAUGUCUGCAGAUAUUCUAACCACCUUUGAGUGCUUUCAAAGCUAUUUCAAAGAAGAGGCCACUAGUUUAGCAUGUUGUGAUACAGUUAGGAGAUAAAGUAAGAAAUUGAAAGUAAUUUUCAUUUAAAUCAUGUGUUAAAGUCAAAAAAGAACAAUCAUGUCCAGAUUUGUGAGUCAGGCAUGAGAAAUUGUCCUUGAUGCGAGAGAUCAAUGUAGUAUGUAGGUGUGAGACUCAUGUAUAAUUAUGUGUGAGGGUGGCAGGCGUACCAUCCCCUUAAGUUAACACUUAACAGUAAUGAGAAAAAUAUUUUGAUAUUUUAUUAUAACCCUUUCUCAGGUUCGAGCUGGGGCAAAACUCUAGGCCACUCAGAAUAUCAAGAAGGAUCCGCAAAUGCAAUAAUAAUUUGCUUCUCAUCAGUGGCUCACAUAGUUUCCGAUCAGUAAAUAUUAAUUAUUUUUGUCUGCAGCAAAGUAAAUUUGACCUACAGAUAUUAUGCAAGGAAAGUGAACUCCUAUCUCAAAAUUGACCAACUUAAGGAUGAAUGGAAACAAUUUCUAGCAUUACCUGAUGAACAACAACCACUUGAAAAAGGUAAAAAUACCAAGAGUGGUAACAAUCUACUUAAUUGUUAUAACCUUUUAAAGCUGUAAGAGUCAAUAAAGGAGUUAUGAAAUGUAGUUAUUAAUUAAGUUAGGUUUUGUGGAUGAACUACUGGGGCACAAACAAUCAAAUUAAACCUUUCCAGCAUUAGUUUUACACAAGUUUUUUGUUUUCACAAGUUGUAAAUUAAAUUUGGAAAUUCUGACUUUUGGCUUUUUAGGGUACAAGGUGAUUAUAACUGUAUUGAAUUUAGAAUGAAACAGUUUUCCAGCCACGCUGGAACAAACUAUCAGGCAAAAAUCACUGAAUAACAAAAAAAUAAUUUUGCUUGAUUAUUUGCUUCAUUUUCAUUUUUUUAAAAGAAAAUUGGAAAAUAACGGAGCUGUUAAAUAUAUAUUUUAUUAAUUUAAAGAAAGAUAGCUUUUUCGGUUUGUCCAAGCUCAUAAGUAUGGUGCCAGACAGAGGGUCAAUGGUCACUGUGGUAUCCAUUCACUUCAUUCCAUCGUCAGAUUGUUCCAAGCCAGAUCGUGGUACUCAAUAGUCAGGUUGUUACACAAUAUAGUCAGAACUUUUCACAAGUCUUUAGGCCACAAGCAGAAACAAGGGCAUUACUUGUGUGUAUUCUUCAGAAGCCAAAAAAGUGCACUUCACAUUGAGUUUUACACUGAAACAGUGGAGCAAUCUAACUAUAAAAUGUUCAGAGAACGAUCUGGCUUUGAAUGAUCUGGAAUGAAACAUCGAUAAACCAUCAAUGCUACUGAACUGUCCUGACUGUAGAGACAAAGCCCCACCCUCCUCUCCAUUUCAGCAGCGCUGACAGGUUGAUGAACCUACAAUAAAAUUUUUUAAAUCUGUAAAAGGUUUGAAACCAUGAGUCAUUUCAUGAUUGUGGUCCUGAAUAGGACUGUUGUUGACAGUGACUGACAUUUUGACAAUCUGUGCAGUAGUCAUCUUCAGAGUCAAAGUGAGUUGUAUCACGUCAGUUGAUGGUAUUAGGCUAAUUUAGCAACAGAAUGGGAACGUCAGUUGACGAUGGCACGCACAAAUCAAACAACUGUCCUGACCAAUGGCUGUGCGGCAAACUGGGCACCGGAAGUCGAGUUUAGUCCUUUCCGCGGGCUUUCCCGUCAUCAAAUGACGUUCCCGUUCUGUUGCUAAAUCAGCCUAUUAUUAGACUUAUUACAUCGUGACUUAAUUAAUCAAUUAUGUCAAUAACCAGGGUUAAUACCACCCCUUGACAUGAUACAGCUCACUUUGACUCUCAAGAUGAUUACACACUGGUUGUUGAAACGUCAGUCACUGUCAACAGCAGUCCCAUUCAGGACUACUCUCACUGGGACCAUCAUGUUCCAGCUAAACUUUCUUAGCAGCUCUUCCCUUUGUUAUAGGUGCCAUGUUAAUUGCAAGAUGGAUACUUAAUGAGGAGGAAAUUGAUGAAAAUAGCACUUUUGCCGAACUUGAUGAGAUAGCAAAGAUGGUGCAGGAUAGUCUUGGGGGAAAUCUUACCAGGGGAGAGACUGUUUUGACAACUGCUCCAGAAGAAAGGAUGUCUAUAAGCACUGAAGAGUCAGCUCCAGCAGUUACACACCCUGCUGCAUGUUUGAGAAUAAUAGACUGUCUUAAGCAAGUAUUAUACCAACAGCUGCAGUUUAAAGGAAAUGUUAACGAUUACUAUAAAAAGGAAAACUCAAUGCUACAUCAGGUAUAUAUGGUCUUACGUUUUAAAUGAAUUUUUGACUCCCAGUCCAGUCAAAAUCAGCCGGCAGCCAACAUUUUGGCCACUUCCAGGGAAAUAUUUGCCACCUUCUCAUCACUGAAAAAAUACUCACGUUUUGGCCUUUGCCACCUGCUACUCUUGGUAUGGAGCAUUUUCACUCAUGUGGACAGCAUCUAUGCAAAUCUAAUUUGGAGUAAAAGGAAGCGUUCAAAUAAGAAUAUAGUGCAUGCAACCCCCACAGGACUGUUUUGCAACACUGUCAUGGCUGUCAUUUCAUUGUUUUAAUUGGGACAUCAUUAUGGCUGCCGUGAUGUCAUGUGAAAACGCUCUAUCCUGCUUGCUGUUGUAAAGCAUUUUGCCUGGGCUGUGUCUCUGUAGGGGAACAACUCUCUGUAUAACCAAAACAUGCAGCUCUAUCCAUUUCUAUUUGGUUGCUUUUGUGUAAUUCACCUUUGUCUUAGUAGGUUAAGAUGGACAGUGAAAUAAAACCAGCCUAUCUCUAAGAAAAAAGGUGGUCCUUUGAAUAUAGCUGUCUCUCCAGAAAGGCCUCUUGCAGUGAGUAAUUAGAGGCAGCUGUACUUGCAGGUUACUUGUAUCCCCAAUGUUAAUUAUUUUCCUGUAUAUCAAUCAAAAACUCUCAUAAUUUUCCUAAAUCAUUAUUUUGUGAUGAGUAAGCUUCUAUCAGCUCCCUUUAUCAGUAUUCCAUUUAGUGUGAUAACAAAUUUCUCAACAUUUAGUUAACAUAAUUUUUUCGUUUAUCAAGGUGUUAAAGAAUCGCACAGGCAACCCAAUCACGCUGUCAGUCCUAUUUGCUGGAGUAGCAAGACGACUUGGAGUUAAAUUAGAGCCUGUGAGUUUUGAAAAGUUUUCAGUAGCAGUAACUUUGUUUGCAUUUUUACGUGAGUAAGUAGCACCCUCAAAUGCUGUUAUAAUUACUCAUCUAUAGAAUGAGGUUGAACUCUUAUGGCAAUUAUUGCCACAGCUGUAUCUUGUUUCUAAGUUUCCUGAAUAUCAAGCAAAUAAAUGAGCAUAAAUGCAAACUGAUGUAAAUAAAUACUUCACAAGUUUUCAGAAAAAUUGUUCAAUAUGUCCUUCAAUAACUCAAUGUAAAGAGAAUACCCUCUAUUGCAACACUGCUAAUUAACAGUUCUUCUUCUCCUUCUUAUUUUUAAAUGUUAGGUAAAUUUUCCCAGCCACUUUUUGCUACGAUGGAGAACAAACUUGGACCCAGAGUAUGUGACAUGAACAUUUACAGUAUUAUUUAAUCCCAUAUCACAGUCAUUUCCGUGAAUAACAAUUUUAAAACUGCCACUGGAACUGCUUAGAACUUCUCUUGGCUUGGGAGAUUUGAUAGGUGAUGAUUGUAACUCCUUAUAGGUGUCAUUUAAUAAGCAGCUAGAGGGGUUUUAUUAAAGUUUAAAACACAAGGUACAGCAGAGUGUCUUAGAGAUGAUAAAACACAAGCUAUUAGUUUAGUGAAUGAUCUAAAAUUUUUCUCUUUAUCUGUUCAUUCCUCCAGUCAUUCUUCCAAUACUCUUUGGACUGUUGAGAAAAUUGGGGCUAAACCUUACAUGUAUUUUAUCACAUUUGAAAAAAUGAAACUUCUUCAGGAAUUAUUAAUGUACUAUUUUUUUACAGUCAUGUUAUAGGGUCUAGCUUUUUGUAGCUUUUAUCGUCUUGGGGUAUAUGAGCUGCCACGACAAUGAACCUUCUAUCCGAUGAUAAUAAAUCAUUAACAUAACAUUCUUAUUUAGAUAACUUCAUUAACAAACCCACAAAAAUGACAUAAGUUUGGAAUUUGUGAUGAAAUAUUUUCAUUGACUUUUCACCUGUGGGAGUGAAAUAGCCUGUGUAGACUUGCUCCUUCCCUCCUACCCUGUACACAGGCUAGGAGUGAAAGAGUUGCUAACAGUUUUUUUUUUUUGAAAGGGUAGAUCAGUCCACAGCGUAUAAGUACAUAGACUGCUUUAAUGGAGGAAGACUUCUCUCAGAGGGACAGUGUAUUGAGUUGAUUUUACCACCCUCUCUGGAUAAUUCCUCCUUGCGAAAAAGCGCUUUUAUCAAAGCCACGCCCAAACAGGUAAUAAACAGAUUAACGAUAGAAAUUGUAACUCAACUGCCUGACUGCUGGUAUUCUACGAAACAUUAGUCUGUGUUUCUCCAGUGUUUGAGGCUAAAAACUGUGCGUUAUCGUAGCAGUUGAAAGCUUGAUGAAUGUAGUUUUAGUCAAACUCCACAAACUUGAAACAAGAAAAUUCAUAAGGUUAUAACUUACUAGUCUGCUACAGCCGUUUUAGUGUCGUCACGCAACGUUGCGUGACGACAGUAAAAAGGCUGUGUAGCAGACAAGGUUAUGACCCGGGGGGGGGGUACUGCCAUAUAUGGGCUAUAUGGGUAUGUGCCGCUGUGAAGGGUAUGGUUUUCAAGCAGUUUACUCUAGGAUAGGUUAUAUAAAUCAGAGCGUUUGGGUCUAGAAUAGGGUAUCAUUUUUCAGGAAACUGAUCAGUUGGUUGAAGAUUUUAUCUAGACUGGGGAAACAGCUACUCUAGGAUAGGGGGAUUUUGAAAGUUUACUCUAGUAUAGGGUAGCAAAAUUCAGCUGAACUAGCUCUGGUAUAGGUCAAGGGUUCCAGGGUCCCAGCGGCACAUCCCCACCCAGAAAUUCCUAAAGUGCCCCCCCGGGGGUUAUGACAGCAACCAAUUUGAAAAAAGCUGUGGUUACACGCUAAGUAUCAAACGCAAAAGAAGAUCCCGCUGCAGCUAUAAGAGAGUCAAACCUGGCGACAGUGCUUGCUCUAGCAGAAGGAUAUCGUACAAAUCAAACAUACAAUAGCUGCACUGUGAGAGUUUCUUCUGUCACAGUCAAACAUAUGACAAGGCUUGCUAUAAACAGAGUGCCUUCAGUGUGCCUUUAUAACAGUAGAUAAGGUAUCAUUCAGGCGCAGACCAGAGCGCGCUGCACGAGUGUCUAACGUAACAAUCAAACAUCGAACAGAGCGCGCUGUAAGAUUGUCUAACGUAACAGUCAAACAUCGAACAGAGCGCGCUGUAAGAUUGUCUAACGUAACAGUCAAACAUCGAACAGAGCGCGCUAUAAGAUUGUCUAACGUAACCGUCAAACAUCGAACAGAGCGCGCUAUAAGAUUAUCUUACGUAACAGUUUAACAUAGAAUAGAGCGCGCUGUAAGAGUAUCUAACAUCGAACAGAGCGCGCUGUGAAAGUGUCUAACGUAAAAGUGAAAUAUCGAACAGAGCGGACUAUAAGUGAGUGUCUACCAUAACAAUAGCCUGAGUAGCAGGCGUUCGAAAGUGAAGGGGAAGGGAAUUAAGGCGCGAGACCACGCGCGAGGGAGGAGGGAGGAGGGGAGGGGUUCCUUUUCUUUCUCCCUCGCGCGCGCCCAAAUUCCCCCUUCCUCUUCCCCUUUUAACGCCUGCCACGCAGGCAGGCGUAGGAGUUUAGUGCCCUAACGGGUGUCUAACGUCACAACUAAAAAUGAAUCAUAGCGCGCCAUAAGGGUGUCUAACGUAAUAACCAAAUACAAAACGGAGCGCGCUAUGAAAGCUUCUAGCGUAACAAUCAAACAAUAGGACAUAGAGCGCUAUCAGUGUCUAACAUAACAAACAUACAAUAUAGCGCGCCAUAAAAAUGUCUCUAGAGUAACAAACAAGCAACAACGAAGCGUGCUAUAAGAGCGUUGAACGUAACAGCUGAACGUAACAAUCAAACGCACAAUGGAGCGCGCUAUAAGACUGUCUAACCUAACAACCAAACACAAAACGGAGUGUGCUAUAGGAGAUUCCAACAUAACAAUCAAACAUAUAACAGAGCGCGUUAUGAAAGUGUCUAACGUAACAAUCAAAAACGCAUAACGGAGUGCGCUAUAUAAGUGUCUAAAGGUAAUAAUCAAACAUGCAACAUAGCGCGCUAUUUGAGUGUCUAACGUAACAACCAAUGAACGAACAAACUGCGCCACAAGAGUUUCUAACGUAAUAAUCGAACACAGAGCGAAGCACUUAAUAUAAGAGUAACUAACGAAACUAAACAAUAGAUUUGAACUGGCUAUUACAGCGUCUAACAAAUCAAACGUAAAUCAGAGCGCGCUAUGAUUGUUGUCGUGUAACGUGAUAAUCAAACACAGAACAGAGCGUGCUCUAAGAGUGUUUAACAUAAUUAUCGAGGAACGAGCAAAGUGUCUUACCGAAAAAUCAAACAGAGAAGAAUAGGAAGCUUAAUCAUUUUAACACACGUUCUAUAGCGCGUGUCGCCUUUUCUCGUGGGGUGAUUUUAACGCGCGCUCGCGUUUCGCUCGCUCUACUAUCCCUGAGGAAAAAUGUGGACUACUCGUAGUCUACACGUUCUAUUGGCGCUCACGGAAUGGAAGUAAGCCAUUGAUAUUUGUUGAUUUAUUGUUUUUUCCAGGUAUUUAUUCGCAUGGUGGCUAAUAUCGUCAACAGCUACAGAGCAGGAGAUCCACAAGACAAUGGGUGAGAGCUUAUAACGCUGAGUCAUUAUCAAGAUACACAACUGAGCCACAAGGAGACACUAUAGAUCACAAUAACAGCUAUCAGGGCUGCACUUUGCUUUGAGAAUUUCCACUUUUCAGAAUCCAAACGUUUGUUAUUGUGAAACUCACAAAACUUUGAACACUAGAAAUGUUUAUGGAAUGUUCUUGUGUUGCGAGAAAUCAGUCAGUAUACAAUCAACAUUCCUGAAAUUUUUCAUGUGUUCACGGUUUUCUGAGUUUGACAGUAAAGGGUAACAGACUGACAACGGAAAAUUUGUUUUUGUGUGAAAUCAACUCUUGGGAAAAAUAUUUCUUAAGUUUAAAUGGAGUUAGUUUAAGUCUGUAUUUACCUCUUCAGUCAGGAGAAUACCAAACCUGAAAAUUGUAGAAAAAAAUUGAAGAUAUAGUUUUCGCCCCAAGUAAGGUAAAUCGGAUUCCUGAAUCCGGGAAAGUUUUGUUCGUGGAUUCCAGAAUCCCGGGCUUUGGAAUCCGGAAUCUAGCUCAAGGAAUCCGGAAUCCGGCUAAGGAUUCAGUAGAAUCCAGUAUCCAAGUUCGACUGACAAGAAAUCCAAAAUCCAGUACCUGGAAUCCGUCACAAGGAAAAAUACUGUCAUAAAGGUUAUAUUUUGCUUUUCCCUGCUUAAGAUUUCGUUUAGUGAGUUACAAAUGGGAAAAAACAUUAGUGAAUCUGGGACGAGAAGGAAUAACAAGCAAUACAAUUAUUUGUACGUUUUUGUAAGGUUGAAGGGUCUGCAUUCCUCAUUGAAUCUUGCACUUCUUCUGGACCCCUCUGAUGAAAGUAGCAGAUUACUUGUGGCAAGAAUACAGCUACAUUUGGGAGUUGACUUGGACGAGGUACUGAAAGCGGAAAUGUUUAUUCAGUAUUUUUGAAUUUAAUACAGUAUAUAGUAGUUCAUGUGAAUAUUGUGUCGCCUAGACAGGCUCAAACAGACUGUAAUAUAUUGAACUUAGUUUGAGUAGAUCCCCCCUUGUUCAAGAAGACAUGAGCAACAGAAAUCCAGUUUUUCUUCCCGUAUUUUAUGGCCAGUACUAGAAAGAGUAGCCUAGGUUUCUGGUGGAUAUUUUACCCUUACAAGCUCAAAAAAAUUACUUGACUCGCCCGUAGCUUCCGAGUGACUUGACUACUAAAGCAUUAAGUGUCAUGUAUUCAGGUUCAUUGAGGCUGAGUUUUUAGUUAGUCCUUAAUCCCGAUUAUAAACAAAAAGAUAUAUUUUCAUAGGCAAUUGUCAGCUUGGAGAUGUUACAAGGAGGCGGAAGUACCACAGCCAGGGAUAUGCUUGAACGAGCCAAGCAAAAGAAAGCUGAACAGGAUCAAGCAGAUGAUACCCCACAGCCUGUAUGUGUAUGCCAAGAUUUUUUUCGAGUCAUUUUUAGUUUGCCUCUCCAGAUUUAUGGUAGUCAGUGCGAUGAGCGCGCAACAUGGGGGUUACCCUGCCUGUGGAGGGAAGGGGUGGGAAAGAAAUGCAAACGUCCUUUUCUUUCGUUUCUAUCUACCCCCGUGCGUGGCAGCAGCAAAGGGGGAGGGAUAGAAAAGAAAUGCAAACGUCCUGUUCUAAUGUUAUCAUGUUCCCAUGUACUCCCACUACGCAGGAUACCUGGGUUAUUGAUUCGAUUUUUGGGACGCCUAUCGCUCCUUCUUCGUCUUUGUAUAGCUUAGACGUUUUUUACACAAUACAAUACCUACAUUACUUAACCGCAAGUCUUCUAGAAUUUUGUUUGCUGGUUGCUAAUUUCGUAACUCUGUUACAAUCCCGCUUUAUGAAGGAGCUUUCUUCAACCGAUUACUGAUCAUGUAUCGCGACGUAUUUCGCUCGUGAAGCUAGGUCGGUGUUGUGACGAACUUCACAAUGGGGCUGUUUUGGGGACGUCAUCGCCUCUCAUUUGUUUUGUAUUUUUUUCUAAUUUUUCAUUGACAUUUGAUUUUUCUUUGUUUCGCUCAAAAUUUGCAUGUAAGCCGCGCGAGGACUAAGCCUCACGCCGCGGAAGGACUGGUUCCAAGUUAAUUUCAAAGAGGCGUUGUAGCGUCAGGACGGCGUAGACAUUUUUUAGAGAGGUGUUUUUUUCAUGUUAGUCACGUCGUAGGCUCGAUUACCAGCCGCUGUUCGGGAAAAUGAGCCCGCACUCAUCCCCCUCUUCGGGGAGGAUCAAAGCCCGGACCCGGGAGACGGCGGAAAUCGAGCCUAGUCACGUCGAGAAGUUUUGUAAUCCGCCUGAUUUAAGUCUUUGGUGAAGCCUUCUUUCAAGAGUGUCAUUAAAGAUAACGUCGCCAUCACAUCAUUACUGGUUGGUGGUUCCAAAUGCGACUGGGUCAAAAUUCGUCCCUGCACAGUUCCAUGGUGCAUUUCGAUACAACAUUGACCCAGUCUCAUGCGGAACCUUAAAAUGGCCAAUAAUAACAAUGCGUAAUUUAUUACUUUUGCUUAAACGCAUACAGCAAGUUGGCGAUAUCUGUUGUAGACUACUUAAGCAUCUUUUUGUCUUGUCCUCCUUGCCUUUUUAUUUCAGAAGUUGAGGUCUGAUCCAAGACAUUCAGAAGUUGGUUUUAAAGUUGGAAUGGUUAUGAGGCACAAGUUGUAAGUAUGAAGGCACGUUGUUGAAGGCGUCACCACAUUUUUAUCAAGUCGAAAGUACCGAGUGGUUUCACAAUUACUUAAAUACUGACUAGUUCAACUACGUUAUUAUUGAGCAAUGCUUAAUGUUUUGGAUUUUUAUUUGCCAUUCUACAGUACAACUACCAUGUGCGACCACCUUAAGCACCACUCCAAAACACAAAAAUUUUGCCAGUCGAAGCCCUUAGUAGUUACAUACAAUGCCUUGUAUGCUGUUUAUUCAGGUACAAUUAUGGCUGUGUCAUAUACGGUUGGGAUCCUGUUUGUAAAAUGGACGAGUUAUGGAUUCGACAAAUGGGUGUGGAUAACUCUCCUGGUGGUCGGAACCAGCCAUUUUACAACGUGCUUGGGGAUGAUGGCUCUAGAAGAUAUGCUGCACAUAGUAAGUCAUUUGCUUUUUUCGCCACUUAAGAAACGAAAAGGAAACUGAGUGGAGUUAACUUUCGCAAAGACUUAUGGGACUGUUACUAAGGACAGGGAAAGUAAAUUGGUCCACAGCUGAUUGGCGCAUCCCCAUGAUAAUCCCAGAAAUCUUUGCGAAAGCUAACUCGGCUCAGUUUUCUUCUCUUUUGUAAACAAACGAAAGACUGCCCCCCGAUCUUCAGAUAACAGCCAAUUUGACCUAAGACUAAUCUUCUCAUAGUUCCCAAAGUAUUCACGAGCUUUUAAAACACUGACCGAACUUACGAGUGUUCUUUGUAAUUAAAAGGAGUAGUGAGUGAUCAGCCUUCUCCUCCGUUAGUAACGCCUGCAUACAUAUAUUGCGAGAACGACUUUGUGUAUUAGUUCGAUACAUCUGCUAGUGAAAUAAAUUUUAUCAGUUCAUCUUUCCGUCGCUCCCCGCACAGGAAGAAAUUUUCUCGCUUUCAUCGAAUGUCCUUUUUGUCGUACAGAAAUUCCCCUAUGCAUGUUGUUUAGACAGGGGAACAAUGCUCGCACCAGGCUUAAGCGUGGAGAUUAAUAUCCUUUAAAGUUUUUGGAGAUUAAUAUCCUUUAAAGUUUUUCUUUGUACCUUUUACGAAAAUGUUUUGUUGUAAAGAACAUUUGUUGCGAAGGAGCAUUGCACGCGCGUUUUUGUUAGCAACUUUUCUCGCGACAGUGCGGCAUUGAAGGUUGAACAGAAAAGACUGUUCCACGCAGCAGCACUUUAAAUGCCAUCCAUUUCUUUCGCUUGCAGCGAACUUGAGAGAAGACCCCCAGCAGCCGUUUAAUCCACAUCCAGAACUGGGAAAGUACUUCAAAGGUUUUACAGGGACACGGUACAUACCCAAUGAAAGCCUUCAGCAAGAAUACCCCGAGGAUGUGUUCAAUGCGGAGGAUCCAUAAAUAUGUUAAAAGGAGAUAGUAAUCAAAGUUACCUUUCUUACUAUUAUGUAUAGUCACUGAACUUUCUUUUAGCAGACAGCUAGAUUUGAUCUCUGUCAUUCUUUAGACAUUAUUUAACCUAUAUAAUGGGUUGACACUCUCUACAAUGGACUAUGACUGCGGUAACCUGUCAAGUCGCCCGAAAGUCAUCUCGCCCGAAAUUUUAAUAAAGAGUGUAUGUAAUAUAUCUCGUUCUUUUAGCCUUGAUGAAACGAAACAAGCACGUCAAAUGAGUAAUACAUCAGCUUGUUCUUAAAGAUUUAAUGAAACGAAACAAGCGAGAUGAAAAUGUGAGGAUGUUGCUAAGCUCGAUAAAUUUUCGGGCGACUUGACUAAAAAUUGCGGGCGACAUAACUCUGGUUUCGAGAGACUUGACCGUAAACCUUGAGUACCUGUCUACUCGGGUCGGUCUUGAUUUUGGGUUUUCUGUUGUGACUUCUCUGGAACAUACGUAAAGACAGCUUUGUACAAUAAUGUAAAAUCAUAUUGACCGUAUUGUAAAAGCGUGAGAUGUAGAAAGUGAUGAGUAGUACACUGAGUGAAACGUCCCAUUCUUAUGCCAAAAGAAUAAGAAGCAUUUUUUUUGUAAAUAUGAUCACGUUUUACUUAAAGGAAGUCUAAAACUACAUUGAAAAUUGAAUAAAUUGCAUGAAAAGAG